GAGGAGAUCCAGUUUGUGACGCUGCGCGAUUUUCUUCAGGAGACUGAACGCUUCAGCAGCCGGUCGAUCCUCUGGCGUCGUACCGGCAAGGUGGUCGGAAGCUUCCAGGUGUUGAGAGACACGGAAGAGCAGAAACUGGCUACAAACUGGCUAUACUCAGAUGACUUCUACUUCAAGAGGCUGACAGCUGAAUCUGGGCGACCGGACGCAAAGGGAUGGAAACAGCUGGGAGUCAAAGAUCUCAGCCUUCUCCUUGGCCACCUCUCGAAAUUUGGCUGUGGUGUUGUAAACGUACAGGAGACGACUCACAUGGAGGUCAAGUGCUUCCAGACUGCCCUCUGGAGGGAGCUGGAAGCCGAACUCUACCCAGAGGGAAAAGCGGAUGUGGGAUCUCACGACAAAGUUCUUCAGGCUCUCUUCAGUCUGGUGGGAAGUGCCGAGGAGGGU